GACGGCGAGGGAGUGAGGGAGGAGCUGGAGCGAAAGACGGCAGAGUUGGAGUCGGUACGGAAUGAGCUCGCGGAGCAGAAGCGGGCGAGCGCAGAAUUGCAAGCGUCGUACGACCGGCUCUCGGAGGAGUUGAAAUCGAAAACAAAAUCGCCGGAGGAGGCGGCAGAGACGGCAAAGAAGGCGGAAAUACUGGAGGAAGAGCUGCAGGCGCUAAGGAAGGAGGUUGACGCGGAAAAUGCGGAACUGCAGAGGUUGCGGAGCGAGCUCGAAUACGAACGGGAACAGCGGGCCAGGGACGCGGCCGACGCUGAGGACCGCAUUGCGGAGAUUCAGGAGCAGAAGGAGAACGUGGAUGCGCAGUACAAAAGCUUGCUGGGUAGAGUGUCGACCAUCAGAACGACUCUGGGCGAGAGGAUGAAGGCAGACGCUGAAGAGCUAGCACAGACCAAACAGACGGUCGAGGAGCUGGAGGAACAGAACCGAUCACUAAGCGAAAGCGUAGAGGAGCUCAGCAACCAAAUCGCAAAGCUGCACGAAGAGCGAGAUGCCACCGCAAAGGAACUUUCCACCCUGCGGAACCGCAUAAACCUUGCCCAGCAGAACUGGAAUAAGGAGAGGGAGGAUCUAACCAACGCCGAACGUUUCGCCAGGGAAGAAUACGAAGUCGCACGGCGAGCUAUGCAGGACUGGGAGGUUAUCGCCACAGAGGAGCGGGCUGUCCGAGAGUCUUUGAGUGAUCGCGUCGUCGAGCUGGAAGAUAGCUUGGCUUCUCGGAAAGAACAAUACAAUCGCAUGGCUGCCGAACACGAAAAGCAAAGCAGUUCGAUGGACGGGCUGCAGAGAGCUCUACAAGAGAUACAAGAUGCUCGUAAGAAGGAGCUACGAGAAAUUGUCGAAAAUACCCAGUCACAGAUCGACGCUCUCACCGAGAAGUGCAAGACCCUCGAUAAAGCGGCGAAGGAAGCGGAAUCCAAUCUGGCGGAUGCUAAACAAGAUCUCGAGCGCGUGCUACCGUUCGAAAAAGAGGUCAAGGAGAAAGUUCUCCUCAUCGGCAAGCUUAAACACGAAGCUGUCACUCUGAACGACCACCUCCGAAAAGCUUUGCGCAUGCUGAAGCGUGACAAUGCGGACGACAAGAUUGACAAGCAGCUGGUCACCAAUGUCUUCCUCCAGUUCCUGAGCAAACAACGAGGAGAUGCGACCAAGUACGAGGUUCUGCAGUUGAUUGCUUCGGUGUUGACUUGGAACGAUGAACAACGAGAGAAGGCUGGCCUCUUGCGGCCAGGCACGGCAGCAACUGUCACCUCGCCACAGUCUACCGGCGGGGGAUUCUUCAGCAGUCUCAAGACACCUCCUUUGACCCCAUUUCACCGGUCGCCGAGCACAGCUUCGCUCGGUGACGAUGAGAAGGAUCUCUGGACAUCCGUUCUUGAUUCCGAGAAGUAG